AGUUAAAAAUUUAACCAGUCUGCGUCAGAGAAAUUAUAUACAUCCGGUUAAAAUUAUUUUACUUAUUUCUACAUAUUAUUUCUUUCCUGUGCCAUAUCUUUUGAUAUGGAAUCAUUUGCAUCUUAGAAAUGGACAGUAAGGAAGAUAGUGGUAUUGAUAGCGAUAAUAAAUCUAUUCCAAAUACAACGCUUAUGUCACGGAUAGAGCUUGACGAUAAUGAAGAUGAAACUUUGACAGAAAUUAAAUCAGGGACAGAAACCAAAUUAGCUACAACAUCCAGUACAGCAAAAAAUAUAAGAAGAUCUUCUGAGUUGCAAAAAAAGAUUGAAAAACAGCGAGAGAAAACAAAACGCAAAGAGGUUAUACAUGAACAGCCUAAAAGAUCUUAUUUGAUUCCAAGAGCAAGAUUAAACAUACCAAGUAAACAUGGUGCACCUAUAGUCCCUCAAGAUGAACAACCUCUAGUUGCCAUAGUAUCUGAUGACAGUGAGGAGGAUGAGUUUGCUAUACCAAGUCUUUCCAAAGCAGCUCAACGUGAGAUUACAGAACAGCUAAUUAAAGAUGGUUAUAACCUUGACCUAGAUCCUGAUGAUGAAGACCUUGACCUCAUUCCACCACGACCUUUCCAUGAGAGAUGCGGAUGUUGUCCGUCUGCCACGUGGAUCCCUCAUAAAUGUGCAGUCCAAUGACUUCUAGGUUUAUAUGUAUAAUAGUAAUAAGUGUAGAAAGGGACACUCAGCAAUUAUGGAAUAUUUUAUUACAAUUAUCUGUAACUAUGUAACACUUAUAUGUGAAGGACUAGUCCAGGAAUUGGGGUGGCAGGUGCUCUUGUAUGAAGAAUUGAUAGUGAACAUGAUUUAAUAAAUCCAAAACUUUACAUGCUGUUAUAUUAUACAAAUAUUUAAGUAUGUUUAAUCAGAUUUGUUUUUUUGUUAUGCAUAAACUAUAAUGUCCUGUAUAUUUUAUCAGCCUAUUUCUUUAAGAAAUGAAAGCUUUAUCUCAUAUAUAUAUCAUUGUUUACAAGAGGUAUGACCUCAAUGACCUCAAUUGUUUAUGUAAAUUAUCAUGCAUUUAUAUUACUCAAGGGUUAAUACAUGUACACAUGUGUUUGUUAAUAUCUUCCAUAUAUAUUUUCUGCAAAUGUUUUUUUUUUUUUUACAUGGUUAAGAUAUUUGAUAGUGCAGCAGUUAUUUCUUUAAAUCCUAUAAAAAUGCAUUAAUAUAUAUAUAAUGAUGACUCUAGUUAUUAAGAAAAGUAAAUGUUUAAGAAAUACUUUGUCAAUUCUGGUUGAUAAAUGUCUUCAGAAGAAGGAAAAGUUUAUUCUUGCCAGUUAACUUUGUGGACUGUUUUGUUUCUUUUCAAUGCAUGUGAUGAAAUUAACCAAAAUGAUGCGUGUAUUAAAUAAAAAAAACACUAUUGUUAUAUUUUUAGGGAUUUAAAAGGGUUAAAGUUUAAUAAACUACACAGGCAACUGUAGUUUAUAAAGGUCAAAAUCACAUACAUCAGUCAAUAGUUGUGUGUGGUCUAUUCAUGCAAUUCUUAAUAAGGUGAUAGGCUGUUCUCAUGAAAUAGGAGAAGAUAAGAGAAAAAGAUAUGAAAAACCAAAAAAACUUAUUAAGAAAUAAUCACAUUAAAUAUUACAAUUAUUGCAAUUAUUUGCUUGUUUUAUGCAAGAUUAUAACUCAAUUUAUAUAUGUUUUUGUUGUUGUUUUGUGCGGGGAGUGUCAUUUUUUUUUACUCAUCCCUUAACCAAGUUAUGGCUAUUUUAUUAUAUUUUGACUCAUCUUAAGGUACAUUUUUGGGGAAGAUUAAAGAUUCUUGCUUAUUCAAGUGGUAUACUUGCCAAUGAUUUCACUAUAUGAAACAUUUCCCAAAUUUUCCUUACAAUGAGUAUAAAGAGUAUGAAUUUGGAGGUGUGAUGAUUUAGAGGUCUCUUUGGGCAAUGGUCAAUUUAGCAAGGGUUCUUUUACGCUUUGAAGUAAGUUCUUCAUCAUUAUCCAUUUAAGAGUUCUUUCAUACCAUUGUUGAUUUUGUGCAAUAAUACAAUUUUCAUUGUUUUAUAGAAAGUCCAGUAUACAUAUUUGAACUAAAAAUUCUUCGUUUUUCUAUUUUGAUGAGAAAGGUUCCAUAGGUCUUCAUUGUUUUUAGCAGAAUUGGAAAGUUACUGAUGUAUUCAGUACUAGCAAAUGAAAGUAUAAUAAACUGUAUAAAAGAUUUUCGUGAUAACCGACUAUGAAAGUUUUCAUGUCAGCUUGAUUCUUUUUAUCAUUGUCAUAAAAAUUGAUCUGAUUUAAAUGAGCUUCAAAAUAAUUCUACGCUUUCAUGUUAAAAUACAAAUGUAUAAGAUGCUUAGACUUUAGUCAGAUUGCCAUGUAAACAUUCCAUAUUUUUAUUUUGACAUUUUUGAAUUGUUUGUUUGUUCCAUUAUUGAAACCAGUUUGAAUCUGAAACUGUUGUUGAUCUGAUGAAUGUGUUCAUAGUUUACAGAUGUGACCAAAAUAUGUUUAAAACUGUUGCAAGAAAAUUUUGUCUAGAUAUAUUUGUUAUACUGCAUUUUAAAAUGGCAUGUAUUUAUAUGUAAGAAUUUAUUUAGAUUGUAUUCUGAUAUUGCAAUGUGUGAAAAGUAAAGAAAUCCUAUUUAUUGUUACUUUACAAAUCAACCAUUCCAAGGUCAUGUACUCUAAAUCAUUUCAAAUUUCAUGAUUGUCCUUUACCUUACAAGUUAAGAGAUUCAGGUUAUUAGGAUUGGCCUAAGGCACAUGUAUAAAACAUAUUCAGCCAAACUCUCCUUGUGGUUUGACCAAGAUGCAGGCUGCUAUAUUUGUACAUUUUGAUUUUGAAAUCUUUGACUUUACUUUGAACUGUUCAAAUUUAAAAGGACUGCAUAUAAUAAUAAUUUUUACCUUUUUUUUUUUUAAAUGAAAUUGUAUUUUUCUGAAACCUUCUUUGCUCCAACUUGAAAUAGUGUAUGGAUAGGUAUUUGAGUGUCUCCUCACCAAAAAAGUUAGAAAGUCCCCAUAUGACAUGUAGUGUGUUACUUAAAACUCAACCAAAAAUAAAAGAAAAUGUAAAAAAAUCUCGAAUACUUUCAUAAAAUAACAAAAAUAGAUAAACCGCAGCAAAACCAUAUGAAGAAAGAAUUGUUUAAUGUUAGAAUUUUUUAGGUCGAAAUGAUUUUGAGUACCGCCUCUUUUAAAGAAUUCCAUUUAUUUAUUGUUAUAUAACUUUAGAGUUUAUAUUUGUAUGUUAUUAAACAUGUUUUCAUGUUACAAAAGUUUAAGAAGAUUGUUGCUUAACAAAGUGCGUGUGUGCAAUUUGUAGUGAUAUAAACUGAACUAUAAUGUUUUAAAUACUUACUGUUGUGUAAGUUUUUUUUAUAAAAUUCCUGCAUUGUUUUAAUAUGCUGUAAUAAAAACAAACAUUCAAAGCUUCGUACCUGGUAUAUACAAUUUAUUACUGGUAAUAUAUCAUGUAAAUGUUACAUUCAUUUAUAGAAAAUAUUGUUGUAGUGAUAACAUGUAUAGGCCAUUGCCAGCAGCCUUGCUUUUGGGAUAACCCUUUAGUGACAUGGUUGAGUCUCUCUCUUGUAAUUGAGAGGUCUGGGAUUCAAAUCCCAGUCAGUGCCUGCGGAUUUUUGCAGGUUUACAAUAAUGACUUAACUGACAUAAUAUCAAUCUGUUAUGAAUGAAUCUCAUAAAAUAACUUGAUGUGCAAAACAGAAACAUGAGAUGGCAUGUUGAUUUGUGUUUACACCAAAUCUCACAUAAAAACAUCUGGGGUUCUAAUCUGUAAAAAAAACAUGACUAUUCAGAAUUAGUUCAAUUACAACUAAAUUGAACUUACAAUUUUACAAAGAAACAGAACUUUGUAACUCUCAAUGAACACUGUUCUUUUUAACUUCCCUUGAUAAGAUUUAAUAAGGUGAAUUGGAAUAGAUAAUUGAAUUUUUUGUCAUAUUGAUACUAUUAUUGAGGAAUUUAAUGUUUCAUUUGCAACACAUACUGCUGCAAAAUUUAUUUU